AUGGCGCCUGCGAGCCGGGCGGUUGUUAUGGUCGUGCUGACGGUGCUGUACCUCAGUGGGACCGUCCUCUCCACCGAGUACUUCUCCACUCUCACCCUCUUCAACAGCGAGCUCCACAAGCAGGGCUGCAGCUCGCUCUCCGACUGGGAGGAAUACACACAGGACUGCGAAUCGUCCAUUUUGCAGCUGGAGGACCCUGAUUGCGAGGAGGGGAGCAACUCACCGUGUGAAUCUAUCUUCUCUCUCAAUGCAGAGAAGAUCCUGAAGCAGGCCAAGCUGUUGAUAGAGCAGAAAAAAAUUCCGUUUCCUGUAGAAAACCAAAAUGCAAAUGAAGAACUGGCGAUUGGUUAUGUUCUCAUUGGGAACGGCCUCUUUGAUGAAGCCAUUAAGCAUUUCUCAAUUCUAUUACAGAGUGAGCCAGAGCUGGUCAGUGCCAUCUACGGCAGAGGGAUAGCAUACGGCAAGAAAAGUCUGCAGGAUAUAAAGAACGCAGACUUGGCUUUGUACGAGCUCAACAGAGUGAUCACUCUGGAGCCGACGUGGCCCGAGGUGUACGAGCAGCGAGCGGAGAUCCUGUCUCCUCUGGGCCGCAUCAGUGAAGCUCUGACAGAUUUGACCAAAGCCAUAUCUCUGCAGCCUUCAGCUCGACUCUACAGACACAGAGGGACGCUGCUCUUCAUCUCUGAGGACUAUGUGGCAGCCAUGGAGGACUUCCAACAGUCUUUGGAACUGAAGAGGAAUCAGCCGAUCGCCAUGCUCUACAAGGGCCUCACAUUCUUCCAUAGAGGGCUGCUCAAGGAGGCGAUAGAGACGUUUAAAGAAGCGCUGAAGCUAAAGUCAGACUUCAUUGAUGCUUAUAAGAGCCUUGGACAAGCCUAUAGAGAGUUGGGUGAUUUCGAGUCGGCGAUGGAGAGCUUUCAGAAGGCGCUUAUGCUGAACCAGAACCACAUCCAGUCUCUGCAGCUCCGAGGAAUGAUGCUGUACCACCACGGCUCGCUACAGGAGGCUAUAGGCAACUUUAAGAGAUGCCUGCAGCUGGAGCCGUACAAUGAGGUGUGCCAGUACAUGAAGGGACUCAGCCACGUGGCCAUGGGGCAGUUUUACGAAGGCAUCAAAGCUCAGACCAAAGUGAUGCUGAACGAUCCUCUCCUGGGGCAGAAGGCCAGCUCCGAAUACCUCAAAGUCAAAUACCUGAGAGAAUACUCUCGCUACCUGCACUCUCACCUGGACAUCCCGGUGGCGGAGUACAACGUGGACCAGAACUUACCGGGGAACUUUAAGAACCACUGGGCCAAAAACCUGCCUUUUCUCAUAGAAGAUUAUGAAGAGCAGCCGGGACUUCAGCCACACAUAAAACUGUGGCGUGGAGACUGUGGCGUGGAGACUGUGGCGUGGAGACUGUGGCGUGGAGACUGUGGCGUGGAGACUGUGGCGUGGAGACUGUGGCGCGGAGACUGUGGCGCGGAGACUGUGGCGCGGAGACUGUGGCGCGGAGACUGUGGCGCGGAGACUGUGGCGCGGAGACUGUGGCGCGGAGAGACUGUGGCGCGGAGACUGUGGCGCGGAGACUGUGGCGCGGAGACUGUGGCGCGGAGACUGUGGCGCGGAGACUGUGGCGCGGAGACUGGCGCGGAGACUGUGGCGCGGAGACUGCGGAGACUGCGGCGGGGAGACUGCGGCGGGGAGACUGGCGCGGUGACUGUGGCGGGGAGACUGUUGUGA